ACCCUCAGAUGGCACAGCUCCUUUGCCGUUCCUCAAGAGCAAUGCCUGUAACACGCAUCCAGGACAGCAAGAGCGCUUUUGUAUGCAAGUACCAGACCUGUUCUUCUUAAAAACAAUCUAGAAUAGCUGCAAGCAAAUAUCUCAACAGGAUUUUGUUACGUUUACGGCCGCAGAGAGUGUUCAUUUUUAAGCUGCUCUCGGUGGAACGCAGGGACUACACACAGCCGGAAUCUUUCCCGGUGCCGCCCCGCCGCUAUGGCUGCUCGUCCGCUCGGGAGGAUGCUCGGGAGCCGCCGCCUGCUCCUCCUGCUGCGCUCCCCGCUGCUGAGCGCCGGCCGCGCCCGCGCUGCGCACAGAGGCACAGACACAGACCCCCUCACUAAACAAGCUGAAGCAGCUGCUGCUACAGACUGGAAAAAAAAAUUGUCUCCGGAGCAAUUCUAUGUUACACGAGAAAAAGGAACAGAACCGCCAUUCAGUGGGAUCUACCUGAAUAACACAGAAUCAGGAAUAUACUGCUGUGUGUGCUGCAAUGCCCCCCUCUUCAGCUCAGAGAAGAAGUACAAUUCUGGAACUGGAUGGCCAUCUUUUUCUGAGGCUUAUGGUACUUGUGGCAGAGAUGAAACUAACACCAAUAUUGUGAGACGACCAGAUAACUCACUGGGGUCAAGAAGAACUGAAGUUGUCUGCAAACAGUGUGACGCCCAUCUAGGCCAUGUGUUUGAUGAUGGACCCACACCUUCUGGGCAGAGGUUCUGUAUCAACAGCGUUUCAUUAAACUUCAAACCAGGCUCUGGUCAGUGAGGAGUGGCUCUCUCUGGCUUGCAGAACAUUCUUUCUCUGCUCGUACAGCAUGCUUGUGGAAAACUCAUGCUUUUAAUAUAUAACUCAAAUUUUAGUAUUUAUGCUGUAGUAGCUUUGUUUUCCAGCUGUUAUCAUUGUUGAAAAAAUACAUAUUUUUGUUUUAACUCUUUGUCAGUCUGUCUUUUCAUGGUUAGUGUGGUGGGUUGAUCUCCUUAUUGUAUUUUUUAAUUAAAAAAAAAUAAUCUGUGCAAUAGUUCACAUUUGCAGCUAUCAACAUUAGUUGUAUUGAGGCUGCUGAAAUGAGGUGCUCUCCUGAACCUGACUGCCUGUUCUGAGCAGAAGUUGUGGCACUCAGGAACACAUGUACAUGGCUGAUCAUGACAGACUUAUACUUCUAAAAAAUCAUCAUAACCUUCUAAAGGGAAGCAAAAAUAAAAUGAAUCUUCAAAUAAGGUCUGAGAGGGUUUUUUUCCCCCUGAUGUGAGAGACCCUUAGCUGAGCCAAGUGACUUUUCUGUGAACCCAUAAAAGCACAAAGUCCUGAAGGAGGACCCAAUUAAAACUAUUUCAGGCAAUGGAACCAGUGGAGACAUGAAGUCUUUCUUCUUUUUAAUCAGUUAUUUUGAUUCUGUAUCCAAUCGCAGAGUUGAAAUAGGGUUUGCUCCAGAAACUUCUCUUACAGCAAUUAUAUUAUAAUAAUGUAAUGAUAUGUGUAAUAUUUGCAGACUACUGUUAUCACUUAUGUAUUUCAGAAUCCAAAAAUAAAAAUCAGUAUGGAAUUUACUGUAUUUGUGGGAAAUAAAUUGGCA